CCUCAACCACAAUGAACAGCGACACCCUGGCCAUCGCACUCGACAGGGCAAAGUUCUACGCCAGAGACGCCAUCUUCACCCUCUCACAGUGCAUCUGCCAGCCUGAUGCGACACUCAAAAUCAAUGGCCGAUCAUACAAAAUAGAGAAGCUGCUUGGCGAAGGCGGUUUCUCAUUCGUCUAUCUCAUACGCGACUUGUCGUCGGACAGGCUGUACGCCUUGAAGAAGAUCCUGGUGACAUCGGGGCAAGACGGGGUGAAGGAGGCUAUGCGAGAAGUAGAAGCGUAUCGAAGAUUCAGACACCCGAAUAUUAUUCGUAUUCUGGACUCGGCUGUGGUCCAAGAGGAAAGCGGAGAAGGUAAAAUAAUAUAUCUGUUUCUGCCGUACUUCUCUCGCGGCAAUCUUCAAGACGCCAUGAAUACCGCGGCUGUGACUGGAAACCGCAUGCCUGAACAAAACUUGUUGACGUUAUUCCAUGGAACAUGCUUAGCGGUUCGUGCUAUGCACGAAUACCACCUACCAAGCAUCCCCACCACCUACCCCCCUGCGGCUUCCCGUGAAGACCAGCCGCUAGUUGGUGAUACUGUGUUUGACCAUGACGAAGAACUCGACACCGCGGUCCAGGGCGACCUGGUCCCAUAUGCCCACCGGGAUAUAAAACCGGCCAAUAUCAUGAUAGGUGAUGAUGGAGCGCCUGUACUCAUGGACUUUGGAUCUACGAUCAAGGCUCGCAUCAUGGUCAAUACACGACAAGAAGCGUUGCUGGAACAGGACAUUGCCAGCGAACACUCUUCCAUGCCAUAUAGAGCACCAGAACUCUUUGACGUCAAAACUGGCAAAAUGUUGGAUGAAAAGUGUGAUAUAUGGGUGAGUUUACGGUCUACAAAACAUUUGCUAAUGAAAACAGUCUCUAGGCUGUACAUUGUACGCAGUCGCCUACGGACAUUCACCCUUUGAAGUCGACGGACAGUCUAUUGCCAUGGCGGUUGGCAGCGGGCGAUACAAACAACCACCCGGCUACUCUCAAAAAUUCGUCGCUCUCAUCGACAGCAUGCUUGUCGUUGACCCCGAGCAGAGACCCAAUAUACAACAGGUCAUCGACACAACUGAGGCAGCUCUCAGGGAGCAAGUGUAGAUCCCUUCCUCGCAUUCAUCUCCAUUAUCCAUCUUGCCCUUGCCAUGUGAAUCUGAUGCUGGUGCUGCUGCGCAGCUAAUCUCUUGGCAUAUUCCUCGGGCAGUAUCGGAGGAUGAAUAGGUGGACGCGGUGGACGCAGCGGCAAGUUGUAGCCUGGAGAGGUUGGGAAAUGGGGGAACGGUGGACAUGUGAAUACCUUCUGCUGUGAUGUAAUGAACUUUUAUUCCACCGACCAUGAACUCACUGGCUGCCAAGGCGGACGACGAGG